UUAAAUCUCGCGAGAUUUCGUCGCUGACGUCAGAUUACCUUUGACCCAGUUUGUUGCAGCACAGCAGCACUGAGGAGCAAACAAGCAGCCAGAAGAGUCCAAGAUGAACAGAGCGUUCAACAAAACCACUCUGAAACAACUGACUGGUGUCCUCCAAAGGUUUCAAAGCACCUUGGUGGUUGUAGAGCACAACAAUGAAAAGCUGACCCCUAUUACACUCAAUGCCGUCACUGCUGCCAGUAAGCUGGGUGAAGAUGUGUCUUGCCUGGUUGCUGGAACAAACUGUGCACAGGUUGUAGAGCAAAUCAGCAAAGUACAAGGUGUGAAGAAGGUUCUGGUUGCUCAACAUGAUUCUUACAAAGGUUCCCUGCCAGAGGAGUUGACUCCACUGAUCCUGGCAACACAAAAGCAAUUCAAUUUCACCCACAUCUGUGCUGGUGCAUCUGCCUUCGGAAAGAACCUGCUUCCCAGAGUAGCUGCCAAGUUGGAUGUUGCUCCAAUUUCAGAUAUCAUUGAGAUCAAGUCUCCAGACACAUUUGUGAGAACCAUUUAUGCUGGAAAUGCUCUCAGUACUGUGAAGUGUAACGAGUCGAUCAAGAUCUUCACGGUUAGAGGGACAUCCUUUGAGGCCGCUGCAACAGAGGGAGGAAGUGCUUCAUCAGAAGAUGUUGCUACAGCUUCUCCCGCUGGUGUUUCUGAGUGGCUGGAACAGUGUCUGACAAAGAGCGACCGUCCAGAUCUGACCAGCGCUAAGGUCGUGGUUUCAGGAGGACGGGGCUUGAAGAGUGGAGAUAACUUCAAGCUGCUUUAUGACCUCGCUGACAAGAUGAAUGCUGCAGUUGGUGCAUCCAGAGCAGCAGUGGAUGCUGGGUAUGUCCCCAAUGACAUGCAGGUUGGACAGACGGGCAAGAUCGUAGCACCGGAGCUGUACAUUGCUGUUGGUAUCUCUGGAGCUAUUCAGCACCUGGCUGGAAUGAAAGAUAGCAAGACUAUUGUUGCUAUCAACAAGGACCCAGAGGCUCCCAUUUUCCAGGUGGCUGACUAUGGCUUGGUCGCUGAUCUUUUCAAGGCGGUCCCGGAGAUGACUGCAGCAUUGGACAAGUGAGGAGAAACAAAGUCCCACCAAACUUCCAUCGCUGGAACCUGCAAUAAGGAGACCACAGGCACCCAUAGCUACCGCCUUAACGCAUUUGUGAAGCUGUGAGUGUUUGUGUUCAGGAAUAAUUUAUCAAGAUUUUCUCUGAUUGUAAACAGAAGAACAUUCUCAAUCUAGAAAUAAAUGUCAGUUUGUAUAAAUACUACACGUGUAUUAAAUAGGGCGGGGACAAUAUGCUUAUCUCCUGAUUCGAUAUGUAUUGCGAUUUUUAAGUAUUGCGAUUCAAUAUUACGAUUAAUUGCAAUUUUUGUCAACCUUUUUAACACGAGAUCAUUAGAAAAAGCCAAGUUAGGUACGACCUCUCCUCGUCAGCACUGUUCUUUUUAUACAUCCAAGGUCAGCUCCAUCGGGGCCGUUUGAAUGCAUUUAACAUAAAUGUCAGUAUAUGGGUGCUCUACAGUUGUAGCGUCAGUUAUUUGACCACAGAGAUGUGAGUGACGGCCGACUUGACCGCAUGUUACCGCAAUAUGAUGACGUUUCCUGUGCAUGACAGAGUUAGCAUGCAGCUUUAGCGGUGAUGUCUAGCUCUGCUUUUCCUGACUGUGUGAAAACCAAAAUGUUUCCAUACUUCACUGGAUGUGUAGUGUUUACCAUACUUUGAAUUUAAAAUGUGAGGGUGCGGGUUGUAACAUUUUCUGCUUUCUCGAUUCGGCUUUGUUUUUCUUGAAAUGGAAAAACAUGACUACAACAAUACAAGGGGUAACUUCCGCAUAGACUCAAAUGAGGCAAUUGUAUCAAUUCAGGCAUUAAAUCGUAAAUUAUCGUAAAAAAAAUAAAUAAAAUGUUGCGAUACAUAAGUGAAUCGAUGUUUUUUUUCCAACCCUUAGUAUUAAAUAUCAAUGAAUAAGCUUGUACUAACCUGGGGGUGGUGUUUUAUGCCUUUAGUAGUACACAUGUUGUAAAUGGUAUUUAAUUUUCUGGUACAGCAAGGAACAUCUUUGGGAAUGCUUGACUUGUCUCUGAUGUAGUUGACUGUAAGAUGUAGCUCCUAGAGUAUGUGUACUCACUGAGAUGCUCUUGGAAAAUAAUGUAUUAAAUUGACAGCAAAUAACAACUUC